GCCAGCUCUUUAGUCAACGUCUCAUCCUUUCUUCUUUCUCUCUCGCAUCUCCCCUCUCUCUUCGCGCCUUAUUCUCUCUAACACCAUAACCAUAAUCAUCAUGUUCGCCUCCACCUCCACCAUCCUCGCCCUCGCCGCCAUUGCUGCUCCCGCGUUCGCACAGUCCACCCAAUCCGUCUCAUACGACAACACAUACGACAGCGGCUCCGGCUCCAUGUCGACCGUCGCAUGCUCAGACGGAUCCAACGGGCUCGCGUCCAAGUGGCCCACGUUCGCCAACGUGCCCAACUUCCCCAACGUCGCGGGCGUGCCCGCCAUCACGGGGUGGAACAGCGCGGCGUGCGGGAGCUGCUGGGAGCUGUCGUACGCCGCGGGCGACAUCAACGCGACGGUGUAUGUCACGGGCGUCGAUGUGGGCCGGGACGGGUUCGUGCUGAGCGAGGCGACGAUGAACAAUCUUACGGACGGGAAUGCGGAGGCGUUUGGACGGAUCAGUGCGACUGCGACGCAGGUCGACUCGUCGAACUGCGGCUUCUGAUGCUGAGCGCUGAGCGGUCGAGGGUUUUUUUUUUUUGCUUUCAUGUUUGACACGGGCUUUGGUGGGUAUAAUGGUGGGCUUCGUGCCAUGGACACUCAGAUACACGCACAAAAUCACAUACGGACUCUGCACGCACGGACUUGAUUAGUACAUAUCAUCUUUUGGGACUCUGUUGAUUCAUGGACGCGUAGUACAUACCGUGUCGGGGCUAGUGGCGCUUUUAGGGUCUUGGCUGUUGUUACACUGUACUCGCACUGUUUAGGGUUAGUUAACCCGGUAAUUUGGUUGUUGCUGC